CUGGGAAUUCUAAGUUCCAUUUCUCAGUUUAACUCGCGCCUCGCUUCAGAACGGAUCGGAUCGGAACGGAUUGGCCAACACUCGUCUUUGUCCACUCAACUGGCCGCUGCAUCGGGAGCGGUUCCUGCAAAAAAAGGAACUCGAGCGGCAAUUUAAUUAAUCGCAUAAGUGCCGAUUAGAUUGUACGCUGUACGAGUGGUGACCACUAUUUGGCAAUUGAUAAUAUGCGCACCAUAUAGGCAGCAGCACUUCACUGGCGUCUGGAAACAUUGUUUGCUAUCACCACUCACUCCACUGGCUAUCAGGAAGAGCCAAGUCCGCAAUCUUAUCGCCCACAAUCGAUGGUGAAUCGGUGGUGAUUCCCACAGACUAGACAGUAGCAUCCCGCAGUUGGUGGCGGUACGGAAUCCGAAGAUGGCGGAAGUGAAGCGUCGGGGCUCGAAUCCCCCGCCAGGUCACUACUUGUGCGGCAUGGCCAACUGGCAUCCGGCCUGGCUGCAGAAGUACGCCACCACCAAGAUGUUCAUGGGCGUCUACGGGCUGCUCGGCACCAUCCAGGCGAUGUCCUACAUGUACUUCAUCGUCACCCUAACCACGCUGGAAAAGCGCUUCAAGAUUCCCAGCCAAACGACAGGCAUAAUUCUGAGCGGCAAUGAAAUCUCGCAGAUCAUGCUCUCGCUCAUCCUCUCCUACAUCGGUGGUCAGCGGAAUCGUCCACGUUGGAUUGCCUGGGGCAUUGUCUUCUGCGGCCUGUCCUGCUACAUACUCGUCCUGCCGCAUUUCAUCUACGGAGCUGGUCACGAGGUGCUGCAGUUCACCAAGGAGUACCAGGAUAGUCUAUUGAAUGGGACAUCUGGCUCGGAUCACUCCUUUCAGAAUAUCAGCUCAGUGAAGACCGAGCGACUCUGUGGACUGGGCAAAACCGAGGAGGACUGCGACGAUCUCUUCUCCUAUGUGCCACUGGUACUCAUCUUCCUCUCGCAGUUUGUUCUGGGCGUGGGCAACACCCUGUACUACUCCCUGGGACAGACCUACCUCGACGACAACACCAAGAAGACGAACACUCCACUCAUGCUGGCGGUGGCCAUGGCACUCAGGAUGAUUGGACCAGUCGUGGGAUUCUUUUUCGGUUUCAUAUCGCUUAACACCUUCAUCGAUCCAACCAAGACGCCGUUGAUCGACAGCAAGGAUCCUCGCUGGCUGGGCGCCUGGUGGCUCGGCUGGGUGAUCCUGGGCACCCUCAUGUGCCUCUUCUCUGGUCUUAUCGGACUGUUUCCCAAGCAAUUGCCCAAAGUCAACGCACCAAGGGUCAACUCCCACUUGCCGUUGGCACUCCGUCAGACGAAGGAGGAGCUCAAGCGGGAGGAGAACCUUUCGCUGAGCAGUCGCUUCUCCUCCAACGCCGCUCUGGAUACCAUUGGAGCAGCGGCGGGUGCCAAUGCAGAUCUGCCCAAGCUGAAGGACUUUCCACGUGCCCUCAUGAGACUGCUGCGCAACAAGUUGCUGAUCUUCAACAUCCUCUCGGCGGUGUUUUAUAUCCUGGGUGCUUCCGGCUUCAUGACCUUCCUCACCAAGUACAUGGAGGUGCAGUUCCACAAGGAUGCGCAGAGCGCCACAAUUAUCGUUGGACCCAUAUCCAUCAUGGGCAUGGUCGUGGGUCUGAUUGGCUCCGGUUUGGUGCUUUCCAAAAAGAAACCCAGCGUCAGCAAGGUGCUCAUGUGGAACGUGAUCGUUGGUGGGAUCUCCAUCUUGGGACAGAUCUCAUACGCUUUCCUCUACUGCCCGAAUACCUUUUCCAUGACGCAAGCGGGACAGCUUAACCUGACGAGCAACUGCAACAUGAACUGCUCCUGCGAGGGCAUCAGUUACACACCCGUCUGCCACGAGCCAACGGACACCACCUUCUUCUCGGCCUGUCAUGCGGGUUGCCGUGGAUACAAUGCCACCUCCAAGUUGUACGAGGACUGCAGUUGUGUGGUUAAUGAUGCAGCGCCAAAAAGUGCGGCACAGCGUCUGCUGAAUCUAUUGCAACCCACAACGGAACCCGAACUGGAUACCACCACAUACUUUGAUGAGUAUCUGAGCGGAGUGCCAUUGCUGGACGACAACGGUGACUUCGAUGAUCAGCUGGUGUCCAGGAAAAGGAGAUCCACCACCGAUUCGGUGAUCCGACCGGGCAUUUGUACCAAGAACUGCAACUGGAGUUUUUGGGCCUUUUCCAUUACCUCGAUGAUUGUUAGCUGGUUCGGUUCGUCUGGUCGCGUGGGCAACGUCCUGGUCAACUAUCGUGCCGUGGCCCACGAGGACAAGUCCUUCGCCCAGGGACUGGCGCUGAUGAUGAUUAGCCUCCUGGCCCUCAUACCGGGACCCAUCAUGUUCGGUCGUCUCAUCGACUCCACGUGCCUGGUGUGGACAAAGACCUGCAAUGGCAAUGGCAACUGCCAGUUGUAUGACCAGACCCGCUUCCGUUACUCCCUCAACUUUUUAUCCUGCAUGCUCACUUUUAUGGGACUCCUCUUUGAUUACCUCGUUUGGUACUACGGACGCAACCUGGACAUUUAUGGCGACAAGGAAGCCAAGGAGGAGGAGCGUGCCAACAGGAAAGACCAGCCCAUUACUCCGCUCCUGGCCAAGAAAUCCGAACAGGAGUAAUACCAAAAAAAAAAGGCAACCCAUCCGUGAUACUCAAUUAUAAGGAGUAGAUUCAUAUAAAACACGCCAGACCCGAGUAUUUCAUAACAAUAAUUCAAAGCACAUUCCUAGAGUAAGUUUUUGGAAUCAAAAUAGAGAAAGAUUGGGCAAAGCCUGUACUCCAAUGCCAUAUGUACAAAUCUUCCGAUUUUCGAUAGGAAUUUAGCUAUUGAACUCGCGAUGUCUUCUUUCAGUGUACAAUUGUUAAUUACUUUUACUUUGUGCUAAGAUCAAUUAAAUAUACCAUGUUUAGUUUAGCAAAAAAAAAAUUAAA